AUGACCACGACGGGACAAAGAAAUUUCACAAUGUUCGAAAACAAAAACACACAGGAACACCCGAUGUUCACACAGGAACACCCGAUGUUCUUGGACACACAGGAACACCCGAUGUUCUUGGACACACAGGAACACCCGAUGUUCUUGGACACACAGGAACACCCGAUGUUCACACAGGAACACCCGAUGUUCACACAGGAACACCCGAUGUUCUUGGACACACAGGAACACCCGAUGUUCUUGGACACACAGGAACACCCGAUGUUCACACAGGAACACCCGAUGUUCACACAGGAACACCCGAUGUUCACACAGGAACACCCGAUGUUCUUGCACGUAUCUAUGCUGGAACUAAACGAAAUUGAACAUUUCAUAUGA